CUUCAAUUACUGUCCAAUGGGGAACUCUUUUCUCCUUUGUCAUCUGGACCAUUUGGCUGCAGAGGAAUGAGAAAAUUUAUCGGCCACAGAGUUAGGACCCCAACCGGGCAAAAAUCUUAAUUAAAGAAAGGGCAAUGGAGUUCAUCUCCACUUCUCCCUAUCCUACAACUGUUAAUAGCUCCUUGGUUAGCAACAAUAUCAAAUGGGACAAACCCCCUGAGGGUUAUUUCAAGUUAAACACAGAUGGCUCUUCAUUGAGAACUUCUGGGGCUGCUGCUUGUGGUGGAUUGAUUAGGAACUCAUUGGGUAGAUGGGUGGUGGGUUUUGCCAGAAAUAUAGGCAUUACCUCCGCUCUUGGUGCUGAAUUUUGGGGUGUUCGGGAUGGCCUGAUUAUGGCAAGAAACUGGGGUAUUCAAAACAUUAUUAUGGAGAUGGAUUCCCUGAUUGUCUUUAAGUUACUUUCUAAUUAUGAUUCUAUUAAUCAUCCAUUUCAUACCAUGAUUUUGGAAUGCAGGGAACUGAUGGCUCAAAUCCCUCACGUUCGUCUUCGUCACAUAUUCAGAGAGGCUAAUCAAUGUGCUGAUCAUUUAGCUGCUAUAGGCCAUACUGUAACGGGGUUUGUUUGUUUUGUUAAUUGCCCGCAGGGCCUUGGUUUGUAUUUGGACGCUGAUGUAAGGGGAAUAGGCUUUCCCCGGACCUGACUGUAUCUGUGUUUUGUUAUAUAUAUUUCCAUAUUUCCACCAAAAAAAAGAAGUGAGGAAAGUUUUUUCUUUAUUUUAUUUUAUUUUUUUUUAAACUAUCUUCCUACCUGAAAUUUAUAUUUGAUUUUAAUUAAUUCAAAAUUAAAUA